AUGCAAUUUCUUAUCGCAGAUCUCUUUAGAUCUCCGGUACCAAUCAUUACAGUACAUGCGUUCCUCAGAGCAGGUCUCAUCUUGGCUCUAUUCUUUGUAACGCUCGUAGCCUCAUCCAUUCCUUUUUUACUUCGACGUAUACAAAUCAAUAGUCCUAAUUUCUUACCGUUACUUUCACUGGUUUCCGUAUUUGGUGGUGGUGUAUUUCUAGCGACAUGUCUUUUGGACUUGCUGCCCGAUGCAAAUGAUUGCUUGCGGAAAGUUGAAGAAAUGCAGCAUUUCACCUACAGUUACCCAUUUGUCGAAGUUUUUAUAGCUGUUGGCUUUCUGUUGGUGCUCUUUACCGAACAAGUUGUUCUUUCUAUCCGAGAGAAACAUGCUCUCGAUAAUGGCGAUAUGGAUCAACUAAUAACAGGGCAUAAUGAUUAUGUGUCUUCUAGUGAAAAUGAUGGAGAUUCUACGGAUAUCUACUCCGAGCAUGAAAGCAGCAGCAGGAAUUCCCAAGAUCCUCAACAGUCUCAUACAACAGUGCGUGUUGUCUUAUUAGUAAUGGCAUUAUCAUUACAUGCCGUAUUUGAGGGAUUAUCAUUAGGAUUGAUCGGCGACGUCAACGAAAUCUUACAGGUAUUUCUUGCACUUCUUAUUCACAAAACAAUUAUCGGAUUUUCACUUGGACUUCGACUUGCACAAAGUUCAUUACGAACUGCAACAAUACUAUUGUCUGCAGUCAUUUUUUCUGGUCAAGUUAUUCUUGGUGGAUUCGGUGGCAUUGCGAUUCUGGAUUUUAUAAGCUACGGCUCGCCACAUAUUGCUGGAAUUGUUUCUACUAUCGCACAAGCAGUAGCUUGCGGGACUUUCUUGUACGUUACUUGUUUCGAAAUAUUGCCUCACGAGUUUAAUAAACCAAGUUAUCGUAUUUCCAAACUUUUAAUCCUCACUUUUGGAUUCGUCCUUAUUGCAUGUCUGGUGAAAUUAUUUCCUAAUGGUUGA